AUGAAUUCUCAUAGUACUUCAUUGUUAUGUACUUCAUUGUUGUCUCUAAUCCUUUUCUGAAUUUCAUCAAGUUGUUGACAUUUAAAAAGUUGAUAACAGUCAAAAGAUCUGAUGUUAUGUUCUUUCUUCGAAUUGCAGAAGUGGCAGAACAUGCAGCUGCUGGAUAUCAAUUUGGUGAAAAUGUUAAACAUGAAUAUUAUAAUGCUCGAAUGGAAGAGAAAGAGGUUGAAGUAGAAAAUAAUGAAAUUGAUUCUAAUGAUGUAGUAACUAAAAGAAAGCCCAAAAAGAGUAUUAGAGAUCUAGAUAUGAAACCGCACCGAAAUUUUGCUAAUGCUCCUGUAAAUUUCAAACAUAGCUCUGUUCAUGUACCUACAAAUGUUUAUGAUAAAGGUAAUGUAAACAUUCCGCAUUUUUUAACUGAAGUUUUUUAA